AAGCAAGCCAAAGUCAAGUCUUCACGGCAUCCCUGCGUCAUGGUCCAGGGUCUUCCAAGAUUUCCCUCCUAAAUUGCAAUGCCAAGCUGCUGUGGUUUGUGGGACUUGUACCAUGUGCUGGUGAACCUGUGGGGCCGGAGGCACUGUGAGGUGCAGCUUCUUGAUGCUGUUUGCAUGGGCCGUGAUAAGUGGCUGGGUGGCGAACUGGGUCAAGAUGGCUGCGUGUAUGGCAUUCCAGGAAGUGCUUCCAGAGUGCUAAAGAUCACACCGAGCACAAGAGAGGUGGAACUUUGUGGUCCUGAGAUGACUGGUAAGUUUAAGUGGUUGCGUGGCAUUUCGCUCGACGGCUGCAUCUACGGACGAGUGCGUUGUUCGAGUCCGUGCACAAUCAUGAGAUCCAACUUGCCAGGAGUGCCGACGAACUCAGCCCAAGUCCUGCAGAUCACGUGUGCCACUGGGCAGGUUGAUUUGAUUGGUGAGGUCUUCAAAGGUGACUGGAAGUGGCAUGGUGGAGUCUAUUGUCCUCAGGACCAAAGCAUCUAUGGAAUUCCAUGCAAUGCGGAGUGUGUUCUCAAGAUCUCCAAGGGCUCCGUGACCACUUUUGCACAUGAUUCGCCUGUGCUCAAGGGGCGGUGCAAGUGGUAUGGUGGCCUGUUGGGCUGUGAUGGGUGCAUCUACGGUAUCCCCAAUUGCGCUCCCUCAGUCUUGAAGAUUGAUCCACACUCCCAGGAAGUCAUCAAUAUUGGCCCGACUUUUUCACAGGGCGGCCAGAAAUGGCAUGGUGGAGUUGUUGGCAAGGAUGGUUGCAUAUAUGGCAUUCCAUCGCAUGCGGAUGCUGUUCUGAAGAUUGAGCCAUCCACAGGUUCAGUGCGAACCAUCGGACAGCCGAUUGAAAGUGGUACUUGGAGGCCGAAUGGCAAAUACAAGUAUGGCGGUGGGGUGGUUGCAGAUGAUGGUACCAUCUACUGCUUCCCUAGCGAUGCAGACUUUGUUUUGAAGAUCCUGCCGGAGAAGGAGGAGGUAGUGACCAUCGGCCCACGCUUUGAAGGGCACAACAAGUGGCAAAAUGGCUUUGUCGGAAAAGAUGGGAAUGUGUACGCUAUUCCUUGCAAUGCGCCUGGUGUACUGCAGAUCAAUUGCCGCACUGACCGGGUACAGAUGCUGCCCAUCGAUAUGGAGAACCCGAUGCUCCAGGACAAAUGGGAAGGCGGAGUGGUUGCAAAUGGUGAAAUGUAUUGCAUGCCACAGAAUGCCAAGAGAAUCCUGCGAAUUGCCCCAUGAACAGUCUGCAGUUCACUCCUACAUCGCUGGAUUCAAGCUACACGCAAGCGGCAGGGAGUACGGACACUUCGAGCGGCUGUGCACCCUUGGGAGUUUGGAGUCACGUCCCCAACAUGACCGUGUGCAUCAUAUUGGAGCAAUUGGGCUGAAGGAAGACAGCGCCGAAACCGGAGAUGGAGAAGAGGAUCUUUUCGCUGAGCAGAAG